UGCUAUUGUCUUCUUUCUUCUUAUUCUUUUUUUUCGGUUGAUGCUCUCGACGUUUCGUAUGACGACAAGGCGCUCACCAUCGAUGGAGAGAGAAGAAUCAUCAUCUCGGGCUCCAUCCAUUACCCUCGCAGUACACCCGAAAUGUGGCCUGAUUUGAUCAAGAAAGCAAAGGAGGGAGGGCUCAAUGCUAUCGAGACUUAUAUUUUUUGGAACGUUCACGAGCCAUUGUAUCGUCAGUAUGAUUUUUCAGGCAACUUGGAUUUCAUUAGAUUCAUAAGAGUUGUCCAAGACUACGGGCUCUAUGCUAUUUUGCGAAUUGGACCAUAUGUUUGUGCUGAAUGGAAUUAUGGAGGAUUUCCUGUAUGGUUGCAUAACAUGCCAAACAUGACAUUCAGAACUAACAAUAAAGUGUUUGAGGAGGAGAUGAAAACUUUUACAACUUUAAUCAUCGAAAUGGUUCGGAAAGAACAUUUAUUUGCCUCACAAGGAGGACCUAUAAUCCUUUCACAGCUUGAGAAUGAGUAUGGAAAUGUCAAGAGCAAAUAUGGAAAUGAUGGAAAAGAAUACAUAAACUGGUGUGCUGAUCUUGCUGAAUCCUACAAAGUUGGUGUUCCAUGGAUCAUGUGCCAAGAAUGGGAUGCUCCCGAGGGCAUGAUUAAUACCUGCAAUGGAUAUUAUUGUGACCAAUUCUACCCUAAUCAUGGCAUGCCUAAGAUGUGGACUGAAAAUUGGACUGGCUGGUUUAAGAAUUGGGGAAGUAAAUAUCCACGUCGAACUGCUGAGGAUCUUGCUUUUGCGGUUGCUCGAUUUUUUCAAUAUGGUGGCACGCUACAAAACUAUUAUAUGUAUCAUGGUGGUACUAAUUUUGGUCGAACAUCUGGUGGUCCCUAUAUUGCCACAUCAUAUGAUUAUGAUGCGCCUCUCGAUGAAUAUGGUAAUUUAAAUCAACCUAAAUGGGGACAUCUUAAGAAUCUGCACACCCUCUUAAGAUCAAUGGAAGAGACUUUGACAAAUGGUUUUUCAAGUAACAUUGAGUAUGGUAACAUGUUGACUGUAACAUCGUACGAGCAUCGCGGCGAUAGGGUAUGUUUCUUUGGAAAUGCAAAUGAAACAAAUGAUGCAACAUUUGACUUUGAGGGCGCAACGUACACUGUUCCUGCAUGGUCUGUUAGUAUCCUCCCCGAUUGCUACACAGAAGUUUACAACACUGCUCGGGUUAAUGCACAAACAUCGGUAAUGGUGAAGUUGCGGAAUGGAGCUGAUGCAUUUCGGGAGCCCUAUAAUUUGCAGUGGACAUGGAGAGCUGAGAAGUUUGAGCAUGUCAAGGAUGAUGAUGCUAAAAAGGGUUAUCUUCAAUUUGAUGGGCUCCUGGAUCAGAAGUUUGUAUCAAAUGACACCAGCGACUAUGUGUGGUAUAUGACCAGUGUGGACAUUGAUCACAAUGACCCUGCUUGGAGAGAGGAGGUUACUCUAAAAGUUCACACCAAGGGGCACAUACUUCAUGUUUUUUUGAACGGGAAGCACGUUGGAUCUCAAGCAGCAAAAGAUGGACAUUGGACUUUUGAUUUUUUGACGAAAUUUAGGAUGAAAAAUGGGAAGAACGCACUAUCUUUGCUUAGUGUUACUAAUGGACUGCAAAACUACGGCGCGUUCUUUGACAAAGAGCAACAUGGAAUUCUUGGACCAGUGAAGUUGAUUGGGGGUGACAAUCAGGUUAAGCAUCUUGAUGAGCAUGGAUGGACCUAUAAAGUUGAUCUCAAUGGAAUCGGGAAGGGCCUUUACAUGAAGGACACCAGGUACAAUAGGAAUUGGAAGGUGGAGAAUCUUCCUACAAACAGGAUGUUUGUUUGGUACAAGACAACCUUCAAGGCUCCAAUGGGUGAUGAUCCAGUUGUUCUUGAUUUGCUUGGCAUGGGGAAGGGAAUAGCUUGGGUGAAUGGCUUCAACAUUGGAAGAUACUGGCCAAGUUACUUUGCCGAUGAUAAUGGCUGUGAUUUCAAGUGUGACUAUCGUGGGAAGUACGGUAGUAACAAAUGCUUAACAGGCUGUGGGGAGUCCUCUCAGAGAUGGUAUCACGUGCCUCGCUCAAUCCUCAAUGAUGACAAUAACUUACUGGUGUUGUUUGAGGAGUUUGGCGGCAAUCCUGCCAAUGUUGAGGUUCAAACAGUUACUGUUGGAAAGGCUUGUGGAAAUGCCUAUGAAGGCAACAAGUUGGAGUUAUCUUGCCAGGGAGGAAAAAUCAUAUCAGAUGUUAGGUUUGCGAGCUUUGGAGACCCUAAGGGCAGCUGUGGAGCCUUCCACAAAGGCCAUUGCGAGUCACCUAAUAGCUUGUCAGUUGUGCAAGAAGCAUGCCUUGGCAAAGAGAGCUGCACAAUUGAUGCCUCUGAGUGGACUUUCCAGCCUAGCGGUUGCAAGAUCCCCACCAAAAGCCUUGCUAUUGAGCUUGCAUGCUAA